AGAGGGAGAGAGAAUCCCAAGCAGCUUCUGAGCCAUCAGUGUGAAACCCAACCAGGAGGGCUCAAUCCCAUGAUCCAUGAGAUCAUGACCUGAGCUGAAAUCAAGAGUCAGAUGCUUACCUGACUGAGCCACCCAGGUGCCCCUAGCCCCAUAUUUUCUAAAGGAGAAAGAAAGCAAAGAUUCUGAAUUUAAUUUCACAUUUUUGUAUUUCUGAAUGAUCUAUUUAUUUUCUGUAGACUCAUACAUAUUAAUGGAAAGUUUUAAUUCUUAGAGGGAUAGGAUAAUUAUUACACUGUGGUCAUAUAACUGUUAAGGCCCCAAAGUGUUUCUCUUUUCUUUUCUUUUUACAAAACUGUAGACUUAUGGAUGAGAAUUAAUAAAUAAGGUGCCAGUAAUCACGAAAUAAAACCUCAAAAAUUAUGAAUAACUAGAUACAGUUGAUUCUGACCACUGAAAGCUUAUUUGCUUUAUUGACUAUAAUUUUGUGAAUUAGCUCUGGAUAGUUUUGCCUACUUGAGUAAUUUUGGAUAAUGCCUAUUUUGGCAUCUCCUUGAUCUCCAGAGUAUCUCUGACCUUCCCUUCAAUAUCCGUUUGGUCUGUGUUUCAUGUAAAAAGAUACAUUAGCCUUUGCCUAAGCCACAUAAAUUAGGAUACAGGAUCUACAAUUACAGAGUACUAGUACAAAGUACAGGCUUUGAGGAAUAUUUAUUGGACAACUACCAUAAUUAUCAAUGCAUCAUAGUGUGAUGGUUGGGUGUCAGCCAGAUUGGGGUUCAACUAUUAGUUCUGCCUCUCAUUAGCAGAGGCCAUUCAACCUCUGCGAGCUCCAGCUUUCUCACCCUAAGAUAGCACCUACCUCCCAGGCGUAUGUGAGAAUACAGUGAGGACUUACGUAAACCAUCAAGCACAGCGUGUGACACGUAGCACUGCAGAAAAUUAUCACUGUCACCAUAACCACCCCCACCAUACCUGCCAGUGCUUAAAUAAUGAAGUCGCAGGCCCAGCUUUUUCUGAAAUCAACUCCGAAAACAAGAAGACGUUUAUUUACAUAGAUGUUUAGAGUUUUUAGUUUUAGGGGAUUUAGAAUUUGGAGUUUUGAGAAUUUUAGAAGGGAUUUUUGAGUCCAGCCUUCUUACUCUUUUUGCUUUUUAUUUAAGAUUCUGGAGGGUAAAUCAAUAAGAUGUUCACUAAUGGAACAGGAGAUGGCUUCUUUGCCCUGGAAUCCUAGGGAUUUGGGGUAAAUUCUGUACAUAGGCCCACUCUGAAAGAUGUAGCAAGGAAUCUGGGGAAAUGAAACUGGAAAUGCUAUAACUACCAUAUUGGCCAAAGUUAGUCUAUGCAAAGCCUUGAACUUGAGUCUGCUGGCUUGCUCAUUUGAUGUUGGACAGAUAGAAGAGUCUGAGUUAGUGUGAAUAAUACAUCAGAAGGAAGUAAAGUUGUAAUAUUUGGUUGCAAAGGAUUGAAGGAGCCCUUUCAAAAGCUGAAGUGAGCAUUUUUAUAACUGUAGUUAAGGGAAAUGAUGAUAAAUAGCCUCUUUCAGUUGGCAUUGGAAGAUGUUUCCUUGAUUUAAGUUGGAACAUAUAAUGCUCAUCAUUGGAUGUAAAUUUUUCUUUCAUGCUUUCAGGGAGGAAAACUAUACUUAAAAAAUUUUUUUUAAUGUUUUUAUUUAUUUUUGAGACAGAGACAGAGCAUGAGCAGGGGAGGAGCAGAGAGAGGGGGAGACACAGAAUCCGAAGCAGGUUCCAGGCUCUGAGCUGUCAGUACAGAUCCCUAUGCGGGGCUCAAACCCACGGACUGUGAGAUCAUGACCUGAGCCAAAGUCGGACGCCCAAGCGACUGAGCCACCCAGGCACCCCUAAAAAAUGCGUCAUUUCAACUUGCGAUUUGUGGAUGAAAUCAAGGGUACCAACAAUUUUGGUUUGCAGAAAAACAUGAAGUCCCCUUCCCCUGCAUUGACUCAUUUUCAAGGUGAUUUGGUACAGUUUUAGCUGUUGACUGGCUACUUGUAUUGGGUUCUAGCUCCUUCACAGUCGAUUUUAAGUUUGAGGUUUCUGAUGUAUGCAUAUUUAAUUUUCAGAACAGAAGUUUCAUUUGCUCCAUAGUAAGGCCCAACAGUGUUUGCACAGAUGUUAGCACAGCCUUGGUUUUGGGUAUUCAGAAGCCUUAGUUGCCUCUUUGGCUGUGCAGAGAAUAUAUUGUUUCUGAGUCUCCGUGCUGGGCCUCCUCACUAUCUUAUCAUGCACAUCCUGUACUCAAGUUGUGGUUGUAUUGAUUUGCUGGGGUGCUGCUGUUGUAACUGUCUGGGGGUGAAUGAGAAUGUGUUUGUGGGUGUCUGCCCUCGCUUCAAGCUGACCUGCUACUUUCUGCCCAGUGAUACCACUCUCUGUGUGAAGGCCUCCCUCAGAGACCCUCAGCCUACCCCCAGUCCCUGGCCAAGAGCCCUGAGUGUGAUAGGGAUUCAGGAAACAUUUGUAGAAUGAAGAAAUUCCUCAUUGUUUUCAUGUCUGGAGUCUGAUUCAGGCUUCAAACAUUGCCAUUCAUUUUUGCUAAAAGAUUUUGUCUUUAAAAAAUUCGUAUUUCAGAUAGAGACAUUAAAACUUUGUGUGUGUGUGUGUGAGAGAGAGAGAGAGAGAGAGAGAGAGAGAGACAGAGACAGAGACAGAGAGAGACAGAGAGUUUAAGAGCAGCCUCAGGAGUAAUUAAGAGAGAAGGAAUGUGCCAGCAUGAUUUUUAUUCUUUGUUAUUUAAAUAAAUGUAAAAGGUAUGUGAAAGAAUAGCUGAAUCCCAGGUUCCCCAAAGAAAAUGUUAACUUUUGUUGAGGUGAUAAGAGAUGGUUUUCAAAAUAGGAAGAACCGGAAGGCUUAGACUGUCUUCUGGUACACAUAUGUCAGGAAUAUAUUCAUGACCGCCCGUCCACCCUGGGUGAGAACAGGACACCAACAAGGGACAUAAACUAGGACAUGGUUUAACUGUGACCUUGAAGUGAUAGUUGCCUUUUAAGCUUCUUUUUUGCCUUCAAAUAUCCUGUUCUGGCAAAGUAAAUAAGGGACCCCUGAAGUUGCUUCAUUAUGACUCUACAGUGUGCGUUUUCCUCUCUGAAAUGAAUUUCUCACAGCUCGUUGCUGACUCCUGCUGUAACUUGGUCCUGUUGAACUUGUGCAUGUAGGAUUCUGUUUUAAAACAGGAAAAAUCAUGAUUCUGAAAUUGUUCAUGUCAAGAUAUUGAUCGAGGCUUUCCAUUACUAUCGUUUCCAUUAAAACUUUGAAGUCCAGUUACUCAGUGACAGUCCAGCUUCAGCAAAGUUCACAUGACAAGGAAGAAACCCAUGGAGAGAAUUGGCAGAAUGAAUAAUAAAGUGUCACUUUAUUUAUUUAGUGUCACUCUCUUCAAGCUCCCCCUCUUCCUCUUAGCCGGGCUCUUGCUUUCUUCCUUGUCUCCUCCUUGGCCCAUUAUUUGGAAGAGCUCAGGUUAGUCAGUUAUAACCAGGGAGAGCCUGUUUGUGUCCCAGCACCCAGAUCAUUCUCUGUAGGCAAGUACACCCAUGUCCCGAGAAAACUGAAGCUGAUGGAGUGAACUUCCACUCCCACCUGUGACAUGUCCCCUCUGGCCCUGCUUUCCCUUGCAGGCAGACUUGGGGUGAGGUGAGCUUGCUGUUGGGGCCCAUGCCUCCAACUGCCUUGUUGGGGUCUUCUCCAUGUCUUUCCUGGGUCAGGUGUUCCCUGUCCCAUACCUUCAUCCUCUCCCUUCCUCUGACACCUUCCCUUUAGGAAGGGGGCCCAAAUCUCCCUAAACACUCAGCCUUCCCAGCUCCAACAGAACGAGCUGCACAGCCCUCCCUUGGCCUUGCUUACUUCCCUUUCGAGGUGGGGCUCAGUGUCUCCCCUCAUCUCUUCUCAGUUUGCAUGGAUACCAUUCGGGCAAAGCCCGGGAAUGACUAUGCCAUCAUGUCACUUCUUAUUUGUCUUGUUGGCUGCUACUUUCUCCUUGAGGUUCUUUUAAAUAUUGGCAUUUCCUGGGGUUUUGUCCUUAUCGCUGUCUUCUUCACUUCAAAUGAUCUCUGCUUUCACAAUCUUAACCAUAUUGUGCAUAUGCCAAGGACUUGCAAUGCUUUGUCUCCCAUUUUUGUCCCUGAGCCCACUUUCCGCUUCUGCUUCUAGGACCGGGGCAGCUCAGGGCAAAGGGCUUUAUACUCUGUCUCCAUCAAUCCUCACGACAUCCCAUGAGGCAUGAACAGGUACCAGGUAGCUGCAUGUUCUACCUGAGGAAACUGUGGCUUAGGGAGGUGCCAGAACAAGUCCAAGGUCUCACAUCUAGUAUACUUGCUGGGAAGACCUAUUUGGACAUCCAUGAGGCAUCUCCAGGUCAACACUGUCCACAAUUAAAUAUUCCAUCUUUCCCCUUAACCUGCUCCUCUGUCCAUUUACUUGGAACUAGUCUCAGCAUUGUUCAGUCCUCUAGGCAUCAUUGUGGAAUUUUCUCUCUCUUACCCAUUUCGCCAUUUCUAUCAAUUGCCAAGUUCUGCUGAACCGGCUCGCUAAAUACUUGUUGAAUCAAUUUCUUCUUUUCCAUCAGUACCACACCUGUUAGGCCCUUGUCCUAUAGGUGGGUUAUUGCAAUAGCGUUGGAAGUAAUCUCCAUGAGUCAAAUCUUGUUCCCUCAAGUCCACCUUCCACAGAGCUGCUUGGAUGAGCUGUCCACAGCUCAAGCCUAACCUGUGUCCUGCUGGAAAUCUUUUAAAGGCUUCCCAUUGCCCAUAAAGUUCAGGCUUCCUGGGAAGAUUCCCAGGAGUCUGGCCUUGCCUACCUCCCCCGUUCUGUCUCCUACCUCUCCUCGUGUCCAGUUCAGGAUGUACAUACAAACAAGCGAGUUAGGUUUUCUUCUCCUCUUAUUUAAUUCACUUCAUUUCCAGUGCAUAUUGGGUGAGGAGGGCAGGUAUUCCUGUGUACCUUGCAUCGAAGGCUUGUUAUAUAACAACACUAGAAAAGAUAAGAGGAUGAAGGAGGUUACACAGAAAAAAUAUGUCACUCUCCUUGUAACUACAAACACACCCACUGACAGGCCUGAGCAUGCAUAUCCACAUGCCAGGACGCUUCCAUGUGUCAGCCGACAGCCUUCACUGAGCACCUGCUAUGGACAGAGACUGUGUUAGGUGCUGGAUGGGCAAAGUUCAAGUUGCUCCCCUUGGUGGUGGGGAAGACAGCACAAGCCCACUGUUCCAUCGGAGAGUAGCUGAGUUUAGGAAUAGAGAUGUCUGCGGUAAUAAAAAUGAAUGUUAGGGAUUGCAAACCUGGGCAUUGAGAAAGGACUUUCUGGAGGAGGUGAUAUUUGAGUUCAGUGUUCAGGGUAAGUCAGUAUUAACUAGGUUUGAGGUGGUACAAAUACCUUUCUCCAUUUCCCCCUUGGAAAUUGGUAUUUUUCCCAUGGAAUUUUUAUCUGUAUGGGUCAUUUUACACAGAGCUACAAUACUUUUUUUUUUUAAUGUUUUUAAAUAUUUAUUUAUUUUGAGAGAGAGUGUGUGAGAGUGCGGGGGAAGGGUAGAGAGAGGAGAGAGAGAUCCCCAAGUAGGCUCAGCGCUGUCAGUGCGGAGUCUGACCCGGGGCUCAAACUCAAACUGCGAGAUCAUGAGCUGAAAUCAAGAGGCAAAUGCUUAACUGACUGAGGGGGGCUAACAAUACUUAAGUGCUUUUUAUUUUUUUUAAAUUUUUUUUAACAUUUUAUUUAUUUUUGAAACAGAGAGAGACAGAGCAUGAACGGGGGAGGGGCAGAGAGAGAGGGAGACACAGAAUCGGAAGCAGGCUCUAGGCUCUGAGCCAUCAGCCCAGAGCCCCACACGGGGCUCGAACUCACGGACUGCGAGAUCGUGACCUGAGCCGAAGUCGGACGCCCAACCGACUGAGCCACCCAGGCGCCCCGACUUAAGUGCUUUUUAAAAGCAAAUUGUUCCUGGUUCAUUCUAUUAACAGGAACACAGUUCAUGACGGUAGGGGAUUGUCUUGGUCUGUUCUCAUUUAUUCUCAGUGCGUGUCCCCUGAUAGGUGCUGAAUAAAUGGUUGAAUUGGAUGCCUUGGGGUGAGGGGUGAGAAAAGGUUCUCCUCUUUACACCGGAGGUGGUAAAAGUCAGUGUGAAGUUGAGACUCGUCUGGGGGUGGCCCUGUGGUCGUAAGCUUGGUGGCUUGCCCCUGUAGUAGAACUGGGCUAUCUCAUGGGAGGGGCAGAGUGUGGUCUAGAUGUCCAGCUGUCUUCUGAACACGAGUGCCAAACUCAUUUGCAGGUGGAGGGCGUGCCCUUUUAAAGGCUAACCCAGUAAUUAAAUUCAAGCAGAAGGUUGCUGAAGGUGGAGCCAACUCAUUUAUUAGCAUAUAAUAUGAUCAACCUAACUCAUAUAAACGUAGCUUAUUGUGGUUUGUCCUUUCCUAGCUGCAGAAGAGCCUUGGAGAGAUGCCCUUGAUUAUGAGUUAGUCAAUGAGCUGCUGCUUGAAGAUCUGAAGAUACCAGGAUAUGUCAUAUCUGCAGGUUUUGUGGUUUAAUUAGCGAGAGAGUUUCAGCUUCACGUAUGCGACGUUAAUAUUUAUUCUUGGCUUCGGCUCUGAAUGUUCCGCCCCAGACCCACCAUUCCGCUGGACUCCAUCACGAUGCACUGUUGGUGCAAAGCCUUUGUUUUUUCAGAGGCCUGUUUCCACCAGAAGAAUUGCACUGUGGAUCUGGAGCCAGAAGGGAAAGUAUUUGUGGUAAUAACCCUAACAGGGAGCUUCACUGAAGCAACUCUCCAGAGAGACCGAAUCUUCAAACAUUUUACCAGGAAGCGCCAAAGGGCUAUGCGAAGGCGUGUCCACCAAAUCAAUGGACACAAGUUUAUGGCCACAUACCUGAGGCAGCCCACCUACUGCUCUCACUGCAGGGAGUUCAUCUGGGGAGUAUUUGGAAAACAGGGUUAUCAAUGUCAAGUGUGCACCUGUGUCGUCCAUAAGCGCUGCCAUCACCUAAUUGUUACGGCCUGCACUUGCCAAAAUAAUAUUAACAAAGUGGAUUCAAAGAUUGCUGAACAGAGGUUCGGAAUCAACAUCCCGCACAAAUUCAGCGUCCACAACUACAAAGUGCCAACGUUCUGCGAUCACUGUGGCUCCCUGCUCUGGGGGAUAAUGCGACAAGGACUUCAGUGUAAAAUAUGUAAGAUGAAUGUCCACAUUCGAUGCCAGGCAAACGUGGCCCCUAACUGUGGGGUGAACGCGGUGGAGCUCGCCAAGACCCUGGCCGGGAUGGGCCUCCAGCCUGGAAAUAUUUCUCCAACCUCGAAGCUCGUUUCCAGGUCGACUCUAAGACGACAGGGAAGGGAAAGCACCAAAGAAGGAAAUGGGAUCGGGGUUAACUCUUCCAGCCGACUUGGUAUCGACAACUUUGAGUUCAUCCGAGUGUUGGGGAAGGGGAGUUUCGGGAAGGUGAUGCUGGCAAGAAUAAAAGAAACCGGAGACCUCUAUGCCGUGAAGGUGUUGAAGAAGGAUGUGAUCCUGCAGGAUGACGAUGUGGAAUGCACAAUGACAGAAAAAAGGAUCCUGUCCUUGGCUCGCAAUCACCCCUUCCUCACUCAGUUGUUCUGCUGCUUUCAAACGCCUGAUCGCCUGUUCUUCGUGAUGGAGUUUGUGAAUGGGGGCGACUUGAUGUUUCACAUUCAAAAGUCUCGUCGUUUUGAUGAAGCACGAGCUCGUUUCUAUGCUGCAGAAAUCAUUUCGGCGCUCAUGUUCCUACAUGAGAAAGGGAUCAUCUACAGAGAUCUCAAACUGGACAACGUCCUGUUGGACCACGAGGGUCACUGUAAACUGGCGGACUUCGGGAUGUGCAAGGAGGGGAUUUGUAAUGGAGUCACCACAGCAACCUUCUGUGGCACACCCGAUUAUAUUGCUCCAGAGAUCCUCCAGGAAAUGCUCUACGGACCUGCAGUAGAUUGGUGGGCAAUGGGCGUGUUGCUCUACGAGAUGCUGUGUGGUCAUGCCCCCUUUGAGGCAGAGAACGAAGAUGACCUCUUUGAAGCCAUACUGAACGAUGAAGUGGUUUACCCAACAUGGCUCCACGAAGAUGCCACAGGGAUCCUGAAAUCUUUCAUGACCAAGAACCCCACCAUGCGCCUAGGCAGCCUGACUCAGGGUGGUGAGCAUGCCAUCCUGAGGCAUCCUUUCUUUAAGGAAAUCGACUGGGCCCAGCUGAACCAUCGCCAAGUAGAACCACCUUUUAGACCCAGAAUCAAAUCCCGAGAAGAUGUCAGUAAUUUUGACCCUGACUUCAUUAAGGAAGAGCCAGUUUUAACCCCAAUUGAUGAGGGGCAUCUUCCUAUGAUUAACCAGGAUGAAUUUAGAAACUUUUCCUUUGUGUCUCCAGAAUUACAACCUUAGCCUUACAGAGAAUGAAUCACAAGGGGAUACAGAUUUUCCAGGAAUUUCCUUUGUGGGGCAUUCCCUAGUAUCAGCCUUAGAACAAGAACCUUACCUUCAGAGAACGGGUGGAAAACUCUGAAGGACAGAACUUCAGCUCUUUCACGUCCUGAGGGAGCCGUGGUACUGGAAAUAGUUGAUACUGGAAUGAGAUUUCAUGAAGAAAUCUGCUCCACCUAGGAGGUUUCAUGGCUACUUUGGGCUUGGGAUAUCAAAAGGAAUCAACUCAAGAGAAGGUGUGAAGAAUCACCUAGAUCCGAGAAAGUGAGCCACAGCAGCUUUUUACUUCCAAAGACAAAUCAAGAUUUCACAUGGACCACUCUGUGCUCUCCGUUAAGCCAGGGAGUCCCGAAUACUAGCAGUGUGCCAGAAGUCUGUAAAUGCUAAUCAAGAAUUUGAAGAUAAGGAAAUGGACUAUCCAAAGAGAAUGAUACACUCUGAGGAAACAAAAGAGCAUCUGUCAAACAACUUCAAGCCCUAUCUUGAAAACAGAUGUUGGGCACCAAGACCACUGUUCCAGCUUCUGGACUUAUACUUACUUUAAUGGAUAUUUAUUGAGUGCCCAGUGAGACGGUGCCAUGACACCUACUAAUGCAAACAGACUUGUGUUCCCUGAACUUUCCUUCUCCAGUCCACUUCUUUACCUGAAUGGUGUUUGCAUUCUGUGAAAUGCCGCCUCCACAUUGCGUAUAUCAUGCUUCUUUGUCCGCCCAUGACUUUUUCCAUGUAAGACGGCUCACGGCCACCACGGCAACUACUCCUCCCAGCAGCAGGUGAGCCGGACACGUUUGCUGCCUGCUGACUUGUGAAAUCUCAUUUUGGGACCACGUGUGGAUACGGCUCUGAACUCGGUGAAGAAUCGCACGCCACUCAGGACUCCUACAUUAGCAGGUUAUUUAAGUUAUAUUUUAAGAGACGAAUGUUUGGUAUGCAUUUUAAUAAUUAGAAAUGGCUCUUAUAAAAGGACAUUUAUCAAAAGAAGGACUUUAUGUACUCAUUAUAUGCAGUUGGAGAAUUUUGUCUGUCUGGAAAUAAACGCAUUUUGUAGCAAAAGGAAA